AUGCGAGUCUCGAGUCUUUCGUUCCUCUUAUACUCUUUGUCCCUGUUAGCCGCUGUCUCCGGUCAGAGCGUAGCGGCUACGGGCGGAGAUGUCGCUACCUCUAAGGAUGCCGCACCUACCAAGACUGAUGCUACCACAACAUCCACAUCGUCUACAUCAUCAACUUCUUCGACUUCGUCCGAAUCUACAGAAAGCACUUCGACAACUAGUGAGACCAAGCCAACGACCACCAAGGCUGACCCCACAACAACAUCGGAAUCAGACUCGUCAACUUCCACCACAGACCCCCCUAAAACCACGGCCAACCAGCCGACUAAGACAUCGGCAUCAACCACUAGCGGACCUACAACUGAUAGCAACAACAACAACGACAACAACUCCCAAACUACAGCAGACAACAGCUCGAAAACUACCCAAACCCCUGUUGUGAAGACCCUCACUACUAUCCAGACGGUCAGUGGAACACCUGUACACACCACGCUUACCACCACCUCGUCCGCUCCUGUAGGCGCGACCGACUCUCCUUCCCUGAACGGGGAAGAGAAGGAUUCGAAGAGCUCGGGUCUCUCUUCUAACCAGAAGAAGACCAUCAUUGGUGUUGUUGUUGGUGUAGGUGGUGCAAUCUUGAUCGGUGCUCUUGGUGUGGUCGCCUGGAGGAUUCACGCACGCAAGCGUAAUGCCCACGACAACGAUGAAGCUACAGACCUCAUGAGCGGUACCGCUGUCGGCUCAGGCCUUCGAGAGAAGGCACCCAGCCCCGGCGCUGGUGGAACACCUUUCAAGAGCACUUUGGACCAAUACCAUAACCCCGGUCCUGUCAAUGCCGCAUCGAAUUUCUAA